AUGGGCAGGAAAAAAAGACAAGCAGACCAUUCGAUAGAAAAUGAGGAUUCGUCUGACUCAAUUGAAGAAAAUCAAAAAAAAACGAUAGCUGUUAAUUGUCCACAUGCUAAAAACGCCAUUCAUUUACCUGGUGUUAAAAAAGCAUUAAAACCUGAUGGUUUUCCAUUAACAUGCAACGGUUGUGCAAAAGGUAAAACUAACAGUAAUAGUACCUCAGAAGUAGAAAAUGAAAACUGGGCUUUGCUUAUGUGUUUAAAAUGUGGUCACUGCGGGUGUGGUAGUGGAAGCAAGCACGCUGAACAGCAUUCAAUAAAUCGAAAAUCAGAUGUUCACGAUCUUGCUCUUAACUUAACAAUAUGGACAGUAUGGUGUUAUAAAUGUGAUGUAGAAAUACCUUCAAAUGCUUCUAAAAAGCUAUUAGAAUGUUAUGAAUUUGUUAAAAAAAUUUUAGCAUCUAAUUCUAUGGAUAGUAGAACACCUCCAGUCGAAAGAUUUGUCGAAGAAAAACCUUCUGUAAAUUUUUCAUUAUCUAGGCCUGUUAAAGGUUCAGAUUCUGCGGUUUAUCCGCCAGGAUUUGAAUCUUAUGUUCCUCAACAUAAUAGUUUUUUAGAUUCUUUACCAAAAGCUAGGGGACUAUGCAAUUUAGGAAACACAUGUUUUUUUAAUGCAGUUCUACAAUGUUUGUCUCAAACACCAUUUUUACUUUCAAUUUUGGAAGAAAUGAAAGAAGAAGGUGAAAAAUUUAAAUUGCCUGGAGGGGAGAUAAAUUUCGGGGAAGAAAAGGAAACUUUGGAACCACUGGAGGGAGUUUUAAAAGGAUGGGGACAAGUUACACAAAUAUUGGCUGAUACUCUUUUCGAAAUCCAGUCUGGUAAAAGUGAAGUUUUUCAACCUCGAAAGCUUUUAUGUCAAUUACAUUUAAAAUGUCCUCAGUUUGUCGGUUUUGGACAACAUGAUUCUCAUGAAUUACUUAGACAAUUACUCGAAAUUGUUAGAACUGAAGAUUUACAGCGUUACAAGCAUGCCAUUCUUGAAACUUUGAAUUUAGACAAAAAAAGUGAAAGAGACAAUAUAACGGAUGAACUAAGAAGAAAAGUCAAAGCAUAUGGAAAACAGGCAAACGAAUUGUUACUUAGGCCUGAGCAAGUUUUUCGAGGGUUUUUAGUUAGCACAUUAGAAUGUCAAGAAUGUCAUAAUAGAUCAGAUCACGUUGAAAGUUUUCUUGAUUUAAGUUUACCCGUUAUGGCGGAUAAACCGGUACACAUCAGAUCGAAAUCUUAUGAUGAUGGAGGCGAUAUAAAUUCACCCCCUUCGAAACAUCAGCUUAAAAUGAAACGAAAGGCAGCUGCCAAAAAUCGAAAAUUAAGGCAUAAAAACGUACCUUCGAAUGCGGCAGGAGAUGCAAAUGUUGAAGAAAACAAUUCUAGAAAUUCUAGUGAUUCAGACAAUCAGGAUCAGAGUGAUGCCGAUGUUGAAGAUAACGUAGAACCGGAAAUUAGUCAAAAUCAAGAUGUUAUCGAAUCCGGAUAUAGCUCGGAAAAACCAUUUAACGGAGAUUCAGCGUGCGGUAGUCCUUCGUCGGAGACAAAUAUACAUUUUAAUCGUGAUUCUGCUCUAGCUAGUCCUGUUAUAAAUAAGAAUAACGUUUCUAAUAAUGCAUCAAAUCAAAUUUUGGAUUUAACCAUGCCAAGUAAUUCAUUAUCCAAAGAAAAUUUGAUCUCUUCUCCGGGAAAUCACUUAUCAAUAACUUGUCAACCCUCCUCCGUAACAUCAUCAUCAGAAGCUCAUUUAGAUAAUCGUUUAAGUUCCAACGGCCAGGAUUUGGAUUCUGAAAUUAAAUUGAACAAAACGAGUUCAGGUGUAGAACAGGAAGAAUUAAAUCUCCCGUCUGUUAGUAAUGUAAAUUCCACAACGGAAAAAAUUCAGUGUAAAAGUAACGAUGUUGAGGAUAUUAACAGGACUGAUAAUAACAGUGAAAGCGAUAAAAUGACAAGACUGGAAAACGGAAUUGGUAAAUUGUUAUUCGAACCCAUCAAUAAAGAAGAAAAUAAUAAUAAUAGUAAUGCAAGCUUGUACGACAAAGUUGACGAGGAUGAAGACGGUGACGAUUAUGGUGGAUCUGCCGACGGUACGUUAGGUCAAAGAGUAUGCGGAGAAAAUUCGGGGGAAUGUACGAUUCAUUCGUGUUUGAAUCAGUUCACGGCUAGAGAAUUAAUGACUGGGAAUAAUAAAGUUGGAUGCGAGGCAUGCACAAAACGAGUGAAUCACGGUAAAGAAGGUAAAACUGUACUCACCAACACGUCCAAACAGCUAUUGGUAUGCAGUCCUCCGGCAGUACUCAUCCUUCAUUUAAAAAGAUUUCAAGUUUUACGAUGCACUUUCAAAAAGAAAUGUCGCGAAGUGAAAUUUCCCAUGAUUUUAGAUCUUGCUCCAUAUUGCUCUACAAAAUGCAAAAACGGAUCAACGAUAAAAAAAAAUCAAAAUGAAAUAUUAUACUCACUCUACGGGGUUGUCGAACACAUGGGUACUUUUCACAGGGGUCACUACGUCGCUUACAUAAAAAUUCGGCCCCCCAUGAAACCGGACGAUCCUCGUUGGUCUUUUCUACCCAAAGGUGCUCACGGUAACUUGGCUGCUCAAAUUAAAAAUAACUACCUGGAUCACUCUCAUCAAAAUGGCGCCGUGGGCGGGAAAUUAUCUCCUCCUCCUGGGAAAUGGUAUUACGUGAGCGAUUCUUGCACUUCGGAAGUCGACGAAGAAAACGUUUUAAGCAACGGUUUAAUUGAUUAUGCAGAAGAAGCCACAGCAGGAUCCGAAUUCAAUAGUAAUAAUUUUCAAGAUGAUUCCGAAUUUCCUCAAAGUUUGGUAACUGAAAAAAUAAUUUUUUGCAUUGAUAUUUUACUUAUGUCAAAAAGUGACAAUUCCAUUUUAAACAUAUUCAAUUUGUUAAAAUCAUAUUUUGUAUUAAAAAAAAAAAUAUGCGUCAAAUCCCCGGAAUUCGAAUGUCUUCUCAUAACGGGAAAUGCAUCCAUUAUUCAUUUCAAUAUUAACAGUAUAAAAGACAUACAAACAGCUUUGAAAUUUGUCGAAAAUAUCGAAUAUGAUGAUGAAAUCAAACCAUUGGAAAUAGAUAAAGUUUUUAAUAACAUAGCUUCAUUAGCAGAACUACCUGAUCCUGAUAAUCAUAAUAAAUGUAUACCCUUUAAUUGGGUCUACCAUGUUUUGUGGUUAUUCGGUCGUAAUUUAUUCAUUCCCACCAUGGAGAAUACAAAUCCGUAUAAUUAUCUCAUGAUGAGUUCGUAUUUUGCAUUAGACAUAUUAUAUUUAUACGAUGACACAUUACAAAAUAAUUGCAUUGAAAACAUUUCACAAUAUUUAUGCAGUUUAAAUGAAAAUGGAAAAGGUUAUUUUUUAAAAGUUAAAUUUAAUGAUUCUCCUAAAAUAUUUUCUAAUUUUGCACAAUUCCUCGGUCAUCCUUUGAUGAGAUCAUCACAAUCGAAAGCUAUUUUUAACAUAUUGGAAUUGGGGCCACCAUCCGAAGAACAUGAAAUCCAUGAAAUUAAUCAGAAAUAA